CGCAGGCACAGGUGCCUCGCCGCCGGCCAGGGAGCUCCGGCCGCAGGAUGGGCAACUGCGCGGGCCGCAGCGACUUCGAGUGGGUCUACACCGACCAGCCGCACACGCAGCGGCGCAAGGAGAUGCUGGCCAAGUACCCAGCCAUCAAGGCCCUGAUGCGGCCGGACCCGAACCUCAAGUGGGUGGUGCUGGGCCUGGUGCUGGCGCAGCUGCUGGCCUGCUGGCUGGUGCGGGACCUGGCGUGGCGCUGGCUGCUCUUCUGGGCCUAUGCCUUCGGCGGCUGCGUGAACCACUCACUGACGCUGGCCAUCCACGACAUCUCCCACAACACCGCCUUCGGCACGGGCUACGCCUCGCGCAACCGCUGGUUCGCCGUCUUCGCCAAUCUGCCCGUGGGCGUGCCCUACGCCGCCUCCUUCAAGAAGUACCACGUGGACCACCACCGCUACCUGGGCGGCGACGGGCUGGACGUGGACGUGCCCACGCGGCUCGAGGGCUGGCUCUUCUGCACGCCGGCGCGCAAGCUGCUCUGGCUGGCGCUGCAGCCCUUCUUCUACUCGCUGCGGCCGCUCUGUGUGCACCCCAAGGCCAUCACCCGCAUGGAGGUGCUCAACACCCUGGUGCAGCUGGCCGUCGACCUCACCAUCUUCGCGCUCUGGGGCACCAAGCCCGUGGCCUACCUGCUGGCGAGCUCCUUACUGGGCCUGGGCCUGCACCCCAUCUCCGGCCACUUCGUGGCCGAGCAUUACAUGUUCAGCAGGGGCCACGAGACCUACUCCUACUACGGGCCGCUCAACUGGAUCACCUUCAACGUGGGCUACCACGUGGAGCACCACGACUUCCCCAGCAUCCCGGGCUGCAACCUGCCCCUGGUGCGGAAGAUCGCGCCUGAAUACUACGACCACCUGCCGCAGCACCACUCGUGGAUGAAGGUGCUCUGGGACUUCGUGUUCGAGGACUCCCUGGGGCCCUAUGCCAGGGUGAAGCGGGUGUGCAAGCUGGCCCGGGACGGCCUCUGAGCCCCAGCCGCUGUCCCCGGGGCCGUGCUCACUUUCCGUGCUGCGCAGCUUGCUGCCCGUGCCCUGGCCCUGGGCCAUGGGUGCUCGGCUUCCCUGACCCGAGCCCUCAGCUGCCACCUGUUCCUCUGGACCCUGGAAGUGCUGUCAUGGCCAGGCCUGGUGGCGGAGCCGCUUGGUUUGCAUGUGGGCUCUGUGGCACCUCUGGGCCUUCUGGGGCAGGCGAGGCCCAUGUCACCUGCUGGGCUCUGCGCCUGGGCUCUCCGUGGAGCUAGCUGCCUGGUGUUCCUGUACCACAUUAAACCAAGGUUUGUUUCCA